AGCUCUGCCCAGAGAGAUAUGCCUCCAAACUGUGGCAGUACCGUGGCUGUGGCCACCUUGCGCAGCUGAGAGCGAAGGGCUGAAGGGUGAGGUCAGGCUGCCCACUGUGACAUCAGCAAGGAUGUCACAAUGCAGGGGAUGGUUUUAGGGCCGUCAGCAGGCAGUGCUGCUUCACUUUGGCCUGGGCCAUAGAUCAUGGCUUUGGUGUUGGUUCUCGCCUUGUUGGUGAGGGCGCUAAUUGUCAGUGGCAGUGACCAUGCGGUCAUGCUUGAGCGCGUGCAGCAGCACGAGAAAGAGCAGAGGAACGGGGAGCAGAGCUGGGUGGACAUGUCGGCUCUGCUCUUUACUCUGCUGCAUUACUGGAAGAUCUGGUUCUGUACGGGACUGUUUGUCUUCCUCUUUUGGAAUAUGUGGCGGUCCCUAAAAAGGAAGCAGCAUGAGGAAGGGGGACAGCAGGAACAGCAAGAACGGGAGGAACAGGUGGAAGAGGUGGAACGUGAGGAACAGCAGGAGCAAGUGGAAGAGGAGGAACAGCUGGAACGGGUGGAAGAGCUGGAACAGGAGGAUCAGGUGGAACAUGUGGAACAGGAGGAACAGGAGGAACGGGAGGAUCAGGGGGAACAGGUGCAGCAGGAGGAACAGGUGGAAGAGGUAGAACAGGAGGACGAGGAGGAAGAAUACUUCCAUCAUUCAGCACUGACCAGAUACAUUGCACGGCGUGCCUGGGAAAAGAUGCAAGGAAAGGCCACCAAGUGCGUGCUGGUGGAGGAGCUGAUGAGCGACCUGCUGCAGACCUACACAUUUGUCUGUUCAAACAGCUUCUACCCGGUGCUGCAGCCUGCCAUUGGGGUGGGCAGCGCCUUUGAAGGCUGGAGUCCCUGUGAGGAGGACAUUGUGUACCGCCUGCUCGUGCCCAUUAAGGCCCCCCAUGGGCACGUCUUCCACCCGGAGCUGGGUGAGGAAGGGGAGGUGCUGGCAAGGAACUCCCGCAUCCGUGUGGAGCUGGUGUGCAUCCGCUCCUGCAAGCUCCAGGUGACAGACACCUCCAGCGGGGAAAAAGUCCACGUUGAGCUGCUGUUCGGGGUGCAGCAAGGCAACCUGGACAUCUUCCUGAGCAGCCAGAACGCAGAGGCCGUCUUUACGCCCAGCACAACAUGGCCGCAGAGCUGCGCUGUGGCGGAAAGGAAGUACUUCGAGUACGUGGCCAGGACCGCUGGACCCAACAGCUGCCACCUGGUCUGCCUGAGGCUCUUUGCUCACAUCCUGGUGGGCAUGGGCUUUUCCACCUACGCCAUCAAGACUCUUCUCCUCCACCUCCUAGCCAUCAUCCCUUUGGAGGACUGGCGCAGGAGGCAUUUCCUGAGCCGGCUGGAGAAUCUCCUGCAGUACCUGCAAUACUGCCUGAACGAUAAAGUCCUGAACCACUUCCUCCUUGGCAACGCGACCAUGCCUGACGAGGUUGUCCUGCCGCAGGCCUUCCAAACAGCCAGCCCGCUCAACCUCUUCCAGCACCUGGAGCAGGACCCGGACGCCCACUCCCGGGUGCUGCGUGACUUCAAGGAGCUGAAAGAUCGCCUCUUCAGACUGCUGCUGUUUGGACGCUGA